GGCUAGGAGUAAGGAUAUGUACACGUAGGAGCUAGAAAUAGAUGUACAUGCACAGGAGCUACGAAUAAAGAUUCUUCCAUGUGUAUGGAAAGGAUAUCGCUUAACUUGUGAGUGCUUUUAACAGUUCGGAGAAAACAUUCCGUAGGAUACACGCCCGUUUUUGACAUUUAACUCGGGGAGAGUCGAUCUGGAUUCUCCACGGUGCCUGGCUUCAGUGAUGCUUCGAAGUCUGACGUCCAGCCGCAGUUUUCACAGGUAAAACGAGUCGCUGGCGACGUUGAGGAGAAGUUAGUUUCAUCCAGAAAGAAGAAAAAAGAAGGAAGGGCCAAAACUGAAGAGCGAAAGCGUCCUUCUGAUAUAAAAUGUCAAAUUAAGAAGAGACGGAGCGAGACACGAGGGAAUCCGGGCCUGGAGGACGCUUGCGUUUGCCGCGUCAACGGAAAACCCAAUUUUUUUCAGAGGAACUUUCCGUGUGAAGACUUGAAAAGAAUUCACCCGCUCUGGUGAGAAGAAGCAAAGGAAAACCAGACAGGGAGCUCUUUACCUCGCCAAGUUCUCCGCCGUGUCUUGCAUGUAGAUUGUCAGCUAGCACCUGCGACACAGUGAGCGCGGGGCUAGAGCAGCGAAAAUCGAGAGAAAUUUCGGUAAUUGUGCACCUGGUGAGAGACGCCUCUCGGAGCCCCAACACUUCCACUUUCGACGACUGAAAAGCGACGGGAAAAUGAGUUUUCCACCGGUCAGAGAGCGUUUUUCGGGAAACAAAGCCAGGACCGAAGACUUUCACUGUGCAGCUAGUCCACAGGACCCUGAUUCUGAUCCCCACCUGACACUUCACUAGAGGGCAGUCGCCUCUGCAUUUUUUUCGUCCACUACGAGGACCAUUCACAGACACAAACACAAGUUGUUGCCACACAAACGAACCUUUUUCACACCGCCUCCCCGCUGGUACGAUCUAUCGUGUUCUCGAGAGUCUGCGAGGGCGGGACCGGUGGCUAGUUGCGCAAGUCUGGUAUGUUCAUCCGAGAAACGCGCGCGAUAAGGGGCGUCGCCUCUAUGGACGACACGAUUUGUCACGAAUUCGUUGGUCGACAAAUCUACAAACAAGCAAGGCGCUCUCUUCCGGCUGCCGAGGACGCCCAGUUUUCUGCACUGGUCUUGCGCAGACGUCGGACUCGAGUCGCCGGCGCGCAAGCGCUGACCUGAAUCCAAGUCGCCUGUGGACGUACUUUGCAGCAUACUUUGCUGUCUUUCGUGAGCACGACAUAUGCGAAAAGCGUGGGCGAGGAUUUCCCUGCUUGCCUCCAUUCUGCCGACAAGGAAAGCCGUCUCGACGACGCCUGGCGCAGCUCUAGCAGCGCCUCCCAGCCAGUCCACGCGACUUGGCCGGACGACGUCCAAUUUUCUGCGUUUUAGGCGGGAACGUAGCUGCCCACGAAGGGAAUCGGAAGGCACAGCGACUGUGUGGCGCUGCUCAUUCCCCAGAGGACUCAUUCCACGAGACAAACGAUCGUUUGCUACCGUCCGAAGUCUUCCCAAACUGCGCUCCACACUUUUCGCGCGGGUUCAACAAUAAUCGCCUCGGGUGUCUGUACACUGCGCCCGUGGCUCGCAGGGAGCUUUGUCACUCCGUUUCUUUUGAACACCGAAAACUUUGCUUUUUCUCCGGUUUGCACCUUGCUUGUUGGCGGCAAAAGACUCCUCGUCAUUCAGUGGGAGCUGAUCACGCUUCUGUGCUUUCUGCCACCGCCGUUUUUUCGCGUCGAUCCUCGUUUUGUCGAUGCACGGGACUGCUCACCGCAAGCUGCAGAGUCUGACGAAACGUGGAUUUCUUUGUUGACGUUGCGGCUGCGUGUUCCGCGUAAGCCAACGAGAAUUCAGCGUUUCGUCAUUGCAAAUCUGAAAGCAAGUCUUGUUCCCGUUUCUUGCACGCGUCGACCCGGUUUGCCGCUGCAUGGAGACUGGCAAAUGCCGAAGAAGCUAGUCUUGCGCAAACCGCAGCGCCAUCUAAGUGCCGGCUCGGGUUUUUCUGUGCGUUUUUCGUCUCUUUUUCUCUAAAAUCCACUUGCUUUGAGGAAACACACUUCUCUGGCAGUCGGCUUGGAGGAGGUGCCGGGCAGAUCGAGGGGGAACGCGUCCACAUAUUCGAGAAAGAAAACUCAUCGCGCUGUGGCACAGAGUCCAGUGACGUUGUCUCUUCGAGUAUCCGACCGAUCAGAAAUCGUCGUCAGCCAAAAAAACACCCGCGCGCUUUUUUUGUACGCAUUCCUCAGGUCUAGCGCGGGAGAAAAGAAGGUUUUCUCUCGCUUUUCGUUUCGACGCUUUUCGUCUGUGUGUGGUGCUGUUGAAUGCGCUUCCUCGAUGUUGAAAUUUCAAUGCGGAAGGGAGGGGAGCGCCACUCAAAGAUAUGCGCGUUCCGGCUUUCUGACGCCUCUCGCGUUUUCUCUUUUUUGCCACGAUAGCCCUUUUUUUUCCUCUCACGUCUUUCCCAGCUCCGAAGGCUUCGCUUGAAUUUUUCCUCUCUCGCGAGACAAAAGGUGCCUGUGCAGGAUGGACUCGUUACAAGUUCCGCUGCGACAAGGCUGAAGCUGCUGGCUUUCCCACUCGCGCUCGAAAUGCUGCUUUGCGUCCAGUGCAGCUUGCGCAUUCAUGAACAAAGAACCGUUUGCUUCGUUGGCUCUUCUGUUCUUCAUCACGGAGACAGAUAUGGUAGCAGUGUGUCAGAGACGCGGGAGUGAGCUUCUCCCAGAUACUCGUCUUCCGCCGAGUUCUUCGUCUCUCUGCUUCUGCCAAGCGAACCUCUCGAGUCGUGACUAACCUCUGUCCAAUCUGUACACGUUUCUCCUACAUUUUGGACUCCCGCGUCUUGUUUUCACCUCUCUUCUUCACUCCCAGCGAGGAUUCUCCGAAGGUCCUUCUGGUGUCGGCGAGCUCCAGUCCCUAGCGGGGCGGCCUCCGCUUUUCUCCUUGUUGGCCAGUAGAUGGGGAAGAAGCCUCGGAUGGCGCAAGAUCCAGAAAAUCCUUCUGUACCAAAAGUGGAACAGCAUUGAGAAAGAGGAGGAGGGUAAAGGGGAGGAGAGGGACACCGGGGGGAGGGGAGGCGGUGUCCAGACGACAGGAAGGACGUUUUUAUCGCUGUCUUCUCUUUUUCUCUUUCGUUUCUUUUCCUUGGGGAUGACUCCGACAGCCUCUUCGGGGGCAGGUUUUUCUCCCGUCUCCCUUUUCUUUUCUUUUUCUUUUUUCUUCUUGGUCCUUUUUCCUGGAAGCAAAAAUAUCGCGAGACUCGCAUUGGCGUCCUCGACGCGCUGACCUCCUUCCUUGUCCUCCGCCCCCUUGACAGUAGCCUCGUCGGCGUCUGCUGCGCCUGCAAUCGAUUUCCCUCCAAGCUGCUGCUCCCUUCUGUAGCGUCGUGCAACUUCUUUGCGCAGUCACUUGCCUCUCUGUCUCCAUUGUUUCUUCGUCUUCGCUUCCCCACUGUUUCUUCUUCGUGCCUCUUCUUCACAGUCUCCUCUGUCGUCCCCUCCACUUUGUGUCGUCGUCUUGACCUGUGCUCCACUGUUCCUUCUUCCUGCGUCUUCGCUCCUCGUUGCUUGGCCGUUCUGCGUUUUCUCUCGAAACUCGGUCUCCUUCGUUGCUGGCGCUAUGGGUUCCGCGCAGAGUGCUUCUGCCUUUGAGCUCUUGGAGACUGACGAAGCGGAACUCCUCAGGUCUUCUUCUCCCCCUCUGCUGCGCGGCAAGCAGGCGGCUGCGUGUCGAUCCCAGCUCGGCGCGGCUGCAUGCAACGACUUGCCAGCUGGCAGGUUCGAGAAGCGACCUGAAAAUGUGAAGCUUCUGCCGCUGGCUGCGUCCACGCAGCCUGCGAAAAACGCGCGAGCGAUGGGGGCGCAGGCCUCGAGACUGAGAGGCGACGGACAACAGGAGCUCCGAGUGUCUGGAGUGAAGAGCAAACGCGUUCCACGAUCUUUCGCAGGAGACCUGAGGAAGGCUGCCAAAAGCAGGCGGCCUGCCAGUGUCGCAGAGCUCCUGCAUCAACACCCGGAAGUCACUAGAAGCGGCUUGUUGUUUUCAGGAGACUCGGAGUGUCUGGCGGUGAUGAGUGAGGUGAUUUCCAACCGCAGUCCAGCGCUUCUUUCUGCGUUUUUCCGGAACGGUGCAUGCACGCCCGAACAGAUUUGGCCGAGCGACGGACCCGCCGGCCAGGGGCUGUCUCUCUCGGACUUGUUUUCUCCCGACAUUUUAAACGAUGCCUCCAAAGGCACUGCGCCUUCUAGCAAUCUCCCCACUGCAUGCGCGUCUGCUUCUCCAGCUCCCUCUUCGAACGCGUUUUCUGGGUCGUCGAGUGCAGCCUCGCCUUGCGUCGACGCACCCGCCUCGAACCAGUACACCUACGUGUAUCUGCCGGCUCCUCCGAACGAGAAAGGCACCGGGACGGCGUCUGUUUGCCUCGGGGAAGCUACAAGAAGUUCUCAAGAUCCAAGUUCAAGUUCCUUCUCCUCGCCGUGCAUGGUCUUUGGUGGCACGCGGUUAUCCUGGAGUGAAAGGAAGUCAGGGGCGCGUCGAGACAGCCAGGAAGGAAAGCGCAUUCUUCGCUCGCUCUUUCAUCAGCGAGGCCUCCGGUUCGGCGAUGUUGUUCUUCUUGAUGGAGACUCAAAGUGUAUCUCCACCAUGCUCGAAUUCGUCCGGCGGCCGAGCCUCUUCCUCGUAGUGGCUGCAGCGGCGGCGAGUGCAGACGUCGUCGAGGCUCUUCUCCGGAAAGGCGCAAAUCCCAACCGAGUCGUGCAUGGCUUCAGCCCACUAAACGUCGCGGCUUCUUCGUCGCAGUCUCCACACAGAAAAGUGGACCUGCUGCUGCGCUACGGAGCUGCGCCUGACUAUCCCCUUCUCCCAGUCGCCUCGCAUGCAGUCCGACAGGCUGUGACGUCUUCUCCAGCGGCGUCUGCACGGUCUGUACCGACGGUCGCCGACUCCGAGGACUUGCCGGCUCUGAUGCAUGCAGUCAUCACUGGAGAUCUGGGCCUCGCAGAACUUCUUCUGCAACAAGGCGCGGAUCCGAACAUUUUCGUGGAGUCCCUGGGGCUCCCAACUCCUCUCUUCCAGGCUGUCUUUUGGGGAGAUUUGAAGAUGGUCGAGCUGCUCUGCGCCUACGGAGCGGACCUGCAGAUUGUGAAGCAAAACGGCGAAACGGUGUUCGAGACGUCCAACCGGGCUCUGAAAUUCUCUCUCCUUCGAAAGCCUAGACACAUUGCUCAACUGCCUCUUCCGCGAGUCUCACCUGCAAGAUGUCGUCAGAUUCAUCGCGCUCUCGACGACUGUCGCCUGGCGGCGGCUGGAGGCCGAAGUGUCUCCACGGUCGAGGCCGAGGUUCCUGGGGGCCAACAGCCUCGCGGGGGGUUUCGCGUAGCCUGGGAGAGUCGUGUGGUUUCCGCGAAGAGAGACAGAAGUCCCUCUCCAGAAAAGCAACAAAGAGGCGAAUCGAAGCCAAGUUCAGCGACUGUCGACGAAACGCCGACGGAGGCGACGACUUCCUCAGAUCGACCUGUAGACCCAUGCACUGAACUCAGAGACACGGUGGCGGCGCUACGCAGGGAGAGUGACGAGGCGGAUAUCCAGGUUCUCUCCAAACGUUCCCAGUCGUCUUCUUCACUUCCCUGUCGACAUCCGGUCUCGCCAGCCUCGACGGCGGCGUCGCCGCCGCGAGCUUGUGUCUCGAAUCAAGAGAGUCUCUCUGCUUCCUGCGAAAGGCCGCGAAGGCCAGUUGACGACGCGACCCAUGGAGGGCGGAGGGACGGCGACUCGGAAAAGAACAGCGACGCGGCGUCGAGGAAGCCGACGACUCUGUGGCAGUCGACUGGCAACGCGAAGCAGUCGCAAACGCAAGAGCCGCAUGGAGCGAGGGAAGCAAAGGCGACGCUUGCAGCGAACGAAACGCUUCAGACGAAAGAGAGAACUCUGUGGAGAGCAGAAAGUCUCCAGUCGGUGCCGCCGCUUCCCUCUCAUCGAAGGUCGCAAAAAAAGGGAACGAAGAAAACGGAGGAACAGGCCGAGGCCAGAGACGCAAGUCGCACAGACACUCCGCCCCGGGGGUUUGGAAAGGGACUCUCUCUCUCAUACAGUCUCAGGGAUGACGGAUCGUUUUUCGUCGAGGAAAUCUAGAGAAGAGCGAACAGCGAAAGGACAGAAUGAUGCUUCAACGCGGACGAACGGAUUCGGAAAUCAGAGUGAAAGAGAAGAAACGAAUUUCAGAGCGAAAGAACUCACGGAACGCUGCUGGUUUCAGUGAACUGUACUUGGAAGCCGACGCUGCUUCCACACAGAACGCUUCGGGUGGGCGAGUGAAUCGCGUCGCGCAAACUCGACCAGAGCAAGGUGAAAACUCGCGCGCCUGCACAGCGAGAGAAGAUCGAGGCGACGAGAGCGAAACGAUAAAGGGUGAGAGACGCAAACGAGGAAACCACGUGAGAACGGGGAAACAAGGCGCGAGACAAACGCCGCCGCAUCUCGCGGUUCCGAGGCAGUGAGAGAGACUGUUGACUCUCUGAGAAGAGAACGAGAAGAACCAACGCGCCUUCUGCGGAGCGUUGACCAGCGUCUACUCAUCAUCUGAGGACGAGUUGCACAGUGGACAUGUGAUUUGGCAGUCCGCGUUUCUGCGAGUACGUUUGUGUCAGUGCAGGUGAACAGCGUUGUGUGUGAAACGGUGCGAUCUCGAGAAUGGCGUUUCGCCCCUCAUAUGCUUUGUUGUCGACACUGGAGACCUCGGGGAGUUGACAAUGGAUUUUCAAAUUUGUUUCUCCCGUCUGCUGGCGUCGAGCAGUCGCAGCGGAAAAGCAAAAGUUUUGCGGUUGUUUCACUGGAAACAGAGAGAGGCAAAAAAAAAGAAGAAAGGAAAAGUCCAGACUGGAGGGUCCCCCCCUCCCCCGGAGACGCUCGGGGUCCUACAGCUGCUUGCGUUCAGCGAAGCGCUGCCUCUGUUUUUUGAACGAGAGAGACCUGCUGACUCUUUUAUGUGAAACUGGUUGCUCUAGUCACCUCAGAUCUGCGAGAUGUCUGCCUUCCAGUGGAGAGUCGUUUUUGCGUUUCCAGAGUGAGACACUUGAGGAUUCCGAGGGAAUAGGUCAGGAAAGCCUGGACUGGGAGAUCGAGAGAAAGUCCCUUUCCAGUGCUGUUUUGAAACGUCUGCAUUCACUGUCCACUCCUUCUGGAAAUCAGUUGACGCAGUCUUGCAGAGCCAUGUGCAUGUAUACGCCUGCGUAGUCGCAAAUACAGAACUGCGUAUUCGUGUAUGGAGAUGAAGUCUCAGAUUCAAA